UGAAAAAAAAAAAUUCGCCACACGCUCUAGACAAGGACUGCCAAUUGUAUCCUCAAACGCAAACCCAACUCCAGCCUGAAACGGAUUAUUCGCCAAUUGAUUUACCCUCAAACAAUUCGGUCAAGGAUGAGAGAGAUUGUGUGCUAAAAAUACGUCAAUAGCUUUCCCGAGUAACGUAGAUGGUAUGUGUGGGUCUGCUUAUUUUUGUUGCACAGUGUGCGCAGGCGGUGUUUUGACCCGUUGGGUUAGUCAUGCAACUCGUACAAGAAAAGCAAAGAAAAGUGACAAAGGAAAGUCCGUCAUGCAUGCAAAAUAAAGGGCGUAUGGCAGGGAACACCACACAAUGCCGGUCCGCCACCUUGAAUGCUUUUGUGAUCAACUGGUACGGGCGACAUCCAAUACGUUUACGUACACACACAGUGCUACAGUUCGGAUAGAAUCCACUUUGUUCCGAAAUUUUCACCUAUCACGCGAAACUAGAGGCCUAUCUACCACUCAAAUGUUCACCUGUUCCGUGUUUUUUCUUCACGAUCAACAUGUGAGUCUGACAAACGGCCACAUAAUGGGAAGUAAGCACUCAGCAGGUUCUACAAGCUGGAUUGUAUAUCUCGUAAUUGUUUUAUUUUGCUCAACUUCAACAGAAGCACAAACGGCGGUGGGAUUCGAGUUUAGAGAGGACUAUUCUAGGAUCGCUCACGAUGUGGACAAUUUUACAAGUUUACUUCAAACCGAUAUUAGAAAAGUCUUCACAUUCACCAACACUACUGAAGUAUCAUCCACAGAGGUAACUAGCAGUCCUCACGGGAAAAUUAGAGUAAACUUUACGCUCACCAUCGACACAACAAUCGACUCAAAGAUACGAGCCAGGAGUCAUCUUGAAGACAGUCUGCGGAUGGAGCAGUACGAGUUUGUCUUUGAGGGUGACGACUACUUAGUGAAUGGUUCAACGGUAUGGAUUAUGAACAGCUUCCCUGACAUUUGGCACCAGUAUGCUCCUGAAAUCGCAAUCGCAGUCAUUUGCGGACUGGCGGCACUGGCGAUAUUCGUCGCGUCUGUUCAGCUUAUUUGUAUGAACCGAAAACGUCCAAGGCGGGCAUCGUAUGUCCCACGGCCCUCCCUGCCCGUGUCCUACAGUGGCAACUCCCUGGGACGAACCAAUGGAGGCUUCAUGAUGGAGGAAUUAAACGGCGGUAAUAGGGUGCACACGCCCAAGUCUAGCAUCGGCUCAACGAGGUUCUUCUAUGACCGGGACACGUUAUACGACAAGCUCAUAUACGGUGCCUAUGAAGUCCCACCUAAACACAUGUAUGAUUUCCUGUAAAACCGCCAAAGUCUAUAUGCAACUCAAAUUUGAAAUCCAUGGUGGUCCUUCGGGUAUUUCCAUUUUUGACGAAAACGUCUUUGUUACGUUUUACUGCUUACUUAAUUUUAAUCAAAUUGAGCAUUAUGCAAAAAAAA